GCUAAAGAUAUACUAGAAAUUCUCUUCUGUAUAGAAUAGUAAAGCUAUUUAGAUCCAGCAAUACCUUUCCUCUGAUCUCAGCCUCCCUCCUCCCAAGUCCCAACACCUCUCUCUCUCCUAUUCACUCCUUGUUCUAUUGUUUUAGGAAACACAUAGUACUCUUCUCUGUCUCUCUCUCUCUCUGUCUGCAAACGCAUGUAAAUACCGCUUAAAGCCCUAAAUAGUUCCCCUCUCUUUGUUCUAUUUGUUCCCACUCUACCUAAACCCGCCUCUCUCUCUCUCUCUCUCUCUAUAAAAGAGUUCAAAGGAGGAGCUAUAUCUUAUUCCUUGUAUGGGAGGAGACAGAUAGAUGCGAUGGGAAUCAAGUCCUUAAGCCUCCGGAUGGUCCCGUGGUGCUUCCACGUGGUGGGGGCCACCUGCCGGCCCAGCCCGGCGCCGAUCCGGCUGAUCGGCUCCGACGGCCGGGUACAGGUGUACCACCGGCCGGUGGCGGCGGCGGAGCUGAUGAAGGAAUACCCACUCCACCUCGUUUGCCGGUCUGACUCCUUCUUCAUCGGCCAGAAGGUCCCCGCCCUCGCCGCCGGAGACCACCUGAAGCCCGGCCACAGCUACUUUCUCCUCCCUUCCCACUUCUUCCGCUCCGUCCUCUCCUUCGUCACCCUCCUCUCCUCCAUUCCCAGCCUCAACGGAGUCGAGAAGGGAACCAUCGUCAGGCCGUUCGACGUCCAGAAGACGGCGGCGGGGACGCUCCAGAUAACGGUCUCCGACGAGUUCUUUCUUGCAGAUAAGAUGAAAGAAAAGGAGACAGAGGAGAAGGGGAAGAGGGUUUGUACGACGGAGGCGUUGGAGAAGGAGUACCGGCGGCUGGUAACGUACAAGACGGCCAGGUGGAGGCCGAAGCUGGAGACGAUAAGGGAGGCUGCGGCGGAUAGGAGGAGAGGGGGGAUGGUGGGCUUUGGAGGGUGGUGGAGGAGGAGAAGCAGGCAGAAGAGGGCCCACUGCUGCACGGAAGCCAGAGCUGGGGGUUUGUAAAGAGGACAAAAGGAAAAGGAAAAAGAGGUAGCCUGUAAGAAGGGGUCGAGGAGCUUCUGUUAAUUUUGUCUCUUUUUUUUUUCUCUGUGCGUGUGUGUAAUAGAUGCAGAUGCUUUAGGAUUUUAAAGUAUCUGCAAAGUGAUGUACAAAGUAGGGUUCUAAGAGGGAGUUUAAUGCGGGAAUUUCUAGACUUGGUUUGUGAAUUGUGAUAUUUGGAAAA